AUGAACAUAUUCUGCCUCCACUGGGCAAGCGCCGUCACGUACGUGGUGAGCCAGCUCGUCAUGUCGGUGAUGGUGAUCAACUGCUGGAGCUCGAAGACCAGGGCGGGACCGGUCAUCUACGUCCUCAAGUUCGUGGAGCUGACUUCCAUCAACCUGUGGGCGAUCUCGAGCAUGGCCAUCUCACUCCUCAUCGCGAGCAUCGUGCAGGCGUUCUCGAAAAUGCGAAGAGUUCCCAGAGUGAUCGGUUCUUCCCGCGUGAUCUGGAGCUGCGUUUUCGUGGCGAUGGGGUUGACGCUGCUCUCCGCCCCCUUCUGGAACGACGUCCUCGUGACCGGGAGCUACUUCUGGAUAACCAACCGCAACGAUCCAAACUUGGCUCGGUGGAUCAGCCUGUCCUUCGUCACCACUCAAGGGAUUGCGGGAGCGCUCAUGGCUCUCACCCUGGUGUUCGUAGCAACGGGGAAAAGAAGGAAGAGCCUCCUCGUGUGCAUCAGGACCAGCAAGCGGAUGAAAUUGUGUGAGACGUUUUUUUCACAUCAAGAAGACGAUUUAAAACAUGAAUUCGUGCACUUGAAUACAUAUUUAGUUUAA